AUGUCAAUUUUCUUUCAAUUCUUCUAUAAUCUAUCCUCAUUUUAUCCUUCUUUUCAUCAUCACUUCUCCAUUUCCCUUCACUAUAUUCGCUUCUCUAUCUUUCUGCUUUAUCUUCUCUUCUUUUUAUCUUCUCUAUCUUCUCUAUUAUUUAUUUUCUGUCUCUCUAUGUAUCUUCUCUUCCCUUUAUCUUUUCUCUUCUCUACGUCUUCUCUUUUCUAUUCUCUUCACAUUUCUCUUUCUCUUCUUUAUCUUUAUUCUUUUUCUAUAAGAAAAACCCUUCCUUCUCUAUUUUCCCUCCUAUCUUCUCUCUUAUUUCUCAUCUUUUAUCCCCUCUCUUCUUUCCCUUCACUUCUUUAUUCUUCUCUUUAUUUUUUUUCUAUUAUUCUCAAUCUUUUCUAUCUUCCCUUAUUUAUCUUCUUUCUCAUCUUUUUAGUCUCUUCCUUUUUUCUUCUUCCUUCAAAUUUCUUUUAUCUUCUUUUUUCUCUUUUCAUAUUUUCUUUUUAUUUUUUUCUCUCUUCUCAGUUCUUCUUUUCUAUCCUCACUUUUCUGUCUUCUCUUCACUUCUCAUCUCUAUCUUCCCUUCUCUCUUCUUUCUCAUCUUUACUCCCCUCCUCUUUAUCCUCUCUUCUUUUCUCUCUUCUCUAUCGUUUCUCUAUCUUCUCUUCUCAGUCUUCUCCGUCUUCUCUUCUCUCCCACAUUUUCUCUUCUUUCUUCUAUCUUCUCUUCCCUCCUCUAUCUUCUCUUCUCCUUUUCACUAUCCUUUCUCUUCACAAAAUCUCUCUUAUUCCUCUCUCUCUUAUGUUCUCUUCUCUAUUCCUCGCUCUCUUCUCUAUUUUCCCUGCUUGUUGUUCAAUCAUAUCAUAUUCUACUUUCUAA